CCCCGCCGCUGCCCGGCGCGCCCGCUUCCGGCGCCGGGUGCGCGCGACAUGGCGGACCCUGCCGAGGCGGCCCAGGCCGGGGCCGAGCAAAAAGACAAACCAAAACCCAAAACUAAAAAGAAAGCGGCGGCAGUUGAUGAAUCUGAACUUCUCACUGUGCCAGAUGGAUGGAAAGAGCCAGCCUUUACAAGAGAAGAUAAUCCCAAAGGGCUGCUGGAGGAAAGCAGUUUUGCAACGUUAUUCCCAAAGUACAGAGAAUCGUACUUGAAAGAGUGCUGGCCGCUCGUCCAGAAAGCUUUGGGUGAACAUUAUGUGAAUGCAACGCUGGAUCUAAUUGAAGGAAGCAUGACUGUCACUACCACUAAGAAGACUUUCGAUCCAUAUGCAAUCAUCAGGGCUAGAGAUUUAAUAAAACUUCUGGCAAGAAGCGUUCCAUUUGAACAGGCAGUUCGUAUCCUUCAGGAUGAUGUUGCAUGUGAUAUCAUUAAAAUAGGCUCUCUGGUGAGGAAGAGAGACACUUUUAUUAAAAGAAGAGGGCGACUUCUUGGACCAAAAGGAUCUACUCUGAAGGCCCUGGAACUGUUAACGAACUGUUAUAUUAUGGUGCAAGGCAACACUGUUUCAGCUCUUGGGCCCUUUAGUGGGCUAAAAGAGGUUAGAAAAGUUGUUCUGGACACAAUGAAGAAUAUACAUCCCAUAUAUAACAUUAAGACUUUGAUGAUCAAAAGGGAAUUAUCAAAAGAUCCUGAACUGAGGUCACAAAGUUGGGAAAGAUUUUUGCCUAAGUUUAAGCGGAAGAACUUGAAAAAACGCAAGGAGCCAAAGAAGAAGAAUACUAAGAAGGAGUACACACCAUUCCCACCUCCGCAGCCAGAAAGCCAGAUUGAUAAAGAACUGGCAAGUGGUGAGUACUUCUUGAAAGAAAGACAGAAGAAACGAAAGCGAGUGGAAGAGAUAAAGGCAAAGCAAGCAGAUGCAAUCAAGAAGAGGCAAGAAGAAAGAAAUAAAGCUUUUAUCCCACCAAAGGAAAAGCCAGUUGUGAAAACAAAGAAAGCCUCCACUGAGAAAAAAAUUGAUAUUGAAGCCAUCAAGGAGAAGGUAAAGAAUGCAAAGAAGAAGAAAUUGGGAGCACUUCCUGUGGAAGAAGUCAAGUUAAAAAUGGCAGCAGAUCAAAAGAAAAAAAAGAACAAGAAGUAAUUCGCCAUCUGAGAUGCUCACUUUUCUCCCAUGUUAAUGAACAUUUUCACACUUGGAAGAUCUGAGACUUCUUGCUGUCAAUAUAAUGUGGACAAAAAAAGACUAGGUAGAAAGACGGUUUUCUUCUCAUAAGUACACUUUAAUUAGUGGACCUGAAGCAGCUGUGCAAAACUGCAAAGGUUGAGGAAGAAAAUCUGUGCUGCUGUGUUGUUUGAGAAGGUAAGAGAGUGUAUUUUGAUAAUAUUCAUCUGCCUAAAAGGAUAGGUUUUGUAAUAGAAAUGUUUAGGUGUUUGAUACAGGAUGUUAAACAUUAGGGUCAGAGAACUUGGAGGGAGUUUAAUUCUUCUGUGAAAGACUACCAGGCUAUUGCAGCCUCAGUUACGGUGAUAACUUUUGCAAAACGGGCAAGAUUUAUUACGAUAUUUUGCUUUUGUUUCUGUAAAAGCUGAUUGUUUUUACAUGUCUUGUCUUGGUGUUAAUAAAAUAUUUUAAUACAUUGUUCUUAAA